AAACUCAACAGAAAGACUCUGGAGACCAUGGAGAGAGCCUUGCUGGUGUGCAGAAACUGCAGAAGAAGCAUAGCCUCGGCCCACUUGGCCCUCCAUGAGGCCCACUGCCUGCAGUCUCUGGUCCCCUGUCCGGAGUGCAAGGAACAUGUUCCACAGGAGAAGAUGGACGAGCACCAGGAGGCUGGGCACCAGCAGGUCGGGUGUGCCAUGUGUCAGCAGAUCGUACAGAAGCACGCCCUGGAGUUCCAUGAGAGCACAGAAUGCCAGGAGCGCCCCACUGCGUGUCAGUUCUGUGAGCUGGUCGUGCGCCUCAGCAAGCUGGAGAUCCACGAGCACCACUGUGGCAACCGGACCAAGAUCUGCCUGGAGUGCGGCCAGUCCAUCAUGCUCCGAGGGCUGGCCCAGCACAGGGCCGCAUGUUGGAGUGAACCAGCCCCUCUCAGUGAGGGGGAGAGAAGUCCUCCUGAAAAGAAAGUCCACUGUCAUUAUUGUCACCAAGAGAUUCCAGAAAAUAUGUACUUCUACCAUAAGGAAAAAUGUUGUGCAGUCUCAGAGUCUGUGAAAUAUUUUCCAGCUGGAAAGCCAAGUACUUCUUCUCCAACCCCUCCAAGUCAGACUGCUGAAUAUCUAGCUUCCUCGGAACAGAAAGAUGUCCGUCCAAAGAUGAAAAAUAGGAACAAGGUUCCUCUUCUUUUGGAAGAUUCAACAAAUCUAGCACCAAGCAGCACAAAUAAAACCAUGACUAUUCCUUUCAAGUCUGAGGAUGACCCCAGGACCACGUCUCCUGCAGAAGAUGAGGCAGCCUAUGAUAUUCUGAGAAGAUGUGCUCAGUGUGGUAUCCUGCUCCCCCUGCCAACCUUAAUUCUACACCAGGAAAAAUGCUGGUGGUUAGCUUCAUUGAAGGGGAAGCAAACGAGAACUUCCAGCUAGAUUUGGAAAAGUAAAGAGAUGCUGGUUUGCCCAAGAGCUACAGCUAAACCAGAAAGGGAUAAAGAGGUUCCAGCAAUUCUGCCCCAGAGUCCUGAGCCAGCAUCUAAGGGGCACCACCUUACUGCCAUCUUGGGCAACCCAGUUCUAGUCUUGAAAGAAUAAAAACUCUC